AUGGACCACCCGUACAUGAGCCCCAUCGCCACGACGUCGACAAACAUGGCCAUGUCGGCUACUCGGGGCCAGCAUCAGACAUCCUCGCAGGUCCCGUCGCCGGAAGAGCAAAUGCGAAGACAGCUAGACGAGCUGAACAGAUCAGUCACGAUCGUCAUAUGGUACAAGGCCGAUCAUGAGCCUAUACGACUGCAACAAAUCCUUCCUACGUUCCCGUACUUCCAGCUAUCGGGGUUUAGCAACAUCAUUUCCGACCUAGGGCUUUCGAGCACUUCUUAUCUUGACACCUACAUCCCGGAUUCGAGUCAAUGGGAGCAGCAUACCAUUUCUUCUGUCCGAAUUGUUGGUACACAGCAGCGACUGUUAUAUCGCGUCCGCCGUAGUUUGGUCGACGGCUUGUCUGAGGAUCAAUGCCCGCGCAUUCAGGAUGAACUUCAAAUGCAAUCGAACUGUGGGCCGCCACCACCACCGCCACCUACGAACGGAGUCUCUGCUUCUUCGAUUCCUACGCCUCCGAAAUCGUCUCCCACACUGUCGAAAAUGGCGAACCCACCCAAACCGUCUCUCAAACGGCCCGCGCCAGACGUCCAAGAACCAGGAAACAACUCCAAAAUUCACGUUACGAACGGUUAUUAUAUGGCGCACUCUGGCUCGUCGACAAUGGUCCCUUCCAGUUCCGUGGCUGGCCCUUCAAACACCGACACUUCUUCACCCACUGCUUCCACCAACCAAUCAAACGCGCAGGCGCAAGACAGUGUAUACGGCAUGUACAACGAUUCCGUCUUCUACGCCCCCAGCUCGCCCACCCAAUCACCUAACGACAUCACCUCCGCCACCUCCAUCAACUCGCUCCCGCACUACCUCAUCCAACCACCCGCCCCAGCACCGCCCAUACCAUACCACCCGCACCCCCCACUCAAGCGCUGGCCGAACGACUACACCGUCUCCGAGCUCUCGCAGGGGUUUCAUGCCAUGGACCUGCUCAUCUCGCAGUCGCCCUCUGGGGCGAGCAUGACCCAGCGGACGGCGUUCGAGCGUGUGUUUGGGAGCCGCUACGUGAAGAGCACGGUGUGCCGGCACCGCGCUGUGUGGCGCAAGGCGCACCGGGCGCUGAGGGAGCAGUUUGAGGCGAUGGGGUCGGAUGAUAGGGCGUGCUGGGGUGAGUUUGUGAGGCGGGUGGAGGGGCGUCCGCCGGGCAAGAAUUCGGGGUCGGAUAUGAUGUCGCCGUCGCCGAGUGCGACGAUGAGCGGGUACCAUGACCAGCAGGAGGGCGAGGGCGAUGAGGACGUGCAUGGGCAGGAGAGUGUUGGUGUUAUGGGGUCGUUGCAGAACCAAGGAGUGCCUUCGUCGUCAAACAACAAUGGGACCAACAAUAUGCAGAACAAUAUGAACGUUUACGACCCAUCACGGAACCAUAUGCCAAACGGUACUCACAAUAACUAA